AUGUCAGACCAAUCAUACGACAACAUCCCCAGAGCCGCAUCAGAUUCAUCAGACGAACUCGACUCGCUACCUUCGACCUCAGCCAGCACAACCUCCAUCUCCCCCUCGGAAGAAGAAUGGCAGUCCGACGCAGAGAGGGAAUGGAAGGAGUCAUUACAACAGCUUGAGCUGCUUCUCACAAUGGUCCUCGUACCAUACUUGGGCAAAUACUUUGGCCGCAAGGCCGCAUACUGGGGAUGGACCAAAUACAUGGAGUGGAAAUACCCUGUGCAUAUCGAGAUCACAAAUCCUGGUCUCUUCAAGGGCAUCGGUGCCGUCGAAGCCGCCGCCUCCUUGUGA